GGCCGCCGGCCUACGGUGCGCGCACCGCGUGUGUGUCUGUCUGUGUCGUUCGCCACAGCUUACUAGCGGUGCCUGUAUUCACCCAAGACUCCUGCGACAGCUCGUCAUCUGUUUCCGACUCAGUACGACCGACCUGGAAGUGACGAAAGGAAGUGGGUAGCAGCCGCGGCAGGAACCCGCUGAACACGAGAUCGCUGAGGUUCAAGAUGAGGGGCGCCAUGAGCUCCUCGUGCACGCUACUCCUGCUGCUGGUGCUGCCGCUGUCGGAGGGAGCACCGGCGGCGCCAGGCCUCUGCAGUCCCGGCUGCCUCUGUUACCGCCUGCCCGAGGGCGGACGAGCCGCCAACUGCUCCCGCUUCGAGACUGCCCGCGGGAAGCACACCGAGCUGCCCACUGACCUGCGUUCGCUCCGCGUCCUUCCCAACGCUCCGGGACUGGCAUCUUUCCUUGAGGAACGCCUCGCGCAUCACGCUCGCCACCUCGAAGAACUGUACCUCACUGAUAAUGAGGUAGUCGGGCCGCGGCUGCGGUCGUUACGUGUACUACACAAGCUGCGUGUGCUGGACUUGUCUUUCUGCGAGUUGUCGAACACCGACCAGGUAGCUUCUCUGGUGAAGCGUAGCGACAGUUUGGAGACGCUACGUCUGAGUGGCAACCCGCUGACUUCACUGCCAGUGCUCGUGUCGGACACGCUGAGGGAUCUGGACGUGUCCGACUGCGAAAUCGCCAGCGUGCGAGCGGACACCUUCACUGGCCUGAAACGCCUACGUCGCCUCACCCUCGCGCGCAACCGUCUAACGAACUUGGCGGCGGAUCUUCCACACUCCUUGAAGCUCCUUGACCUCAGCGGCAAUAGUCUGACCCACUUGUCUCCCAAGCUUGUGGCGACGUUACACAGGGUGGACGUGUCGGGCAACCCGCUACAUUGUACGUGUGCUUUGCUGCGGCUGCGCGAGCAACGCACGGGCGAACACGUGGCGGUUGGUGCAGGAGCUGCUUGCACUGGUCCCGAGCAGCUGCGAGGGUUGUCUCUGUCUGGAGCGCGUCGCCUCUGCGAAAGUCGCGUAGGCUCGACGACGGGGACUAGGCAGCGGCGCCAAGCAGAUCCGUUGGACGUCCUGGAAGGAUCUGGUGGUGGCGAGGGCGACGGAAUCGGCGAGGACGAGGAGCUCGAUGAGGAGACUGGAGACGACUUCGUCGACGACGACUAUGACGAAGAAAUUGGUGGUAGUACCGGAACGGGGGGAGCAGACGAUGCAUCGGGCACCUCUCAGCUUGGCCCGCAGAACGUUGGUGUCGAGAGCGCCCUUAGCUCCAGCUCAGCACCACCCGUCCCUGCGUCGAAUGAGGACACCACUCGUUCCCUAGAAGACGAUAUCUAUGAGCCCACGAUACCGCCACCAGUCCCGGCGGCUGUGGACGCCGACGCUAGCGCCCAGCUUCCAAGCGAGACACCGCCAGAAUCGGGCCCUCCAGCGGCGGAAACGGUGGAAGGAAAUCGUGCCGAAUCCGCUCCGGACGAGACGGGCGAUGUCGACGGCAUCAGCGAGGUACCUGAACAUAAAGAAGAGUCGGAACCUGUUGCGGCUGGUUUUGUCCCAGACCCUGAGGGCGAGAGUGGCGUAAAAGAGGAGGAGGCUAAUACAGAUGCUGAAGACAUCUUUAAUGAAGUGAUGAAAAAUGAAGAUGAAGCAGUGGACGAGGACGAGGACUACGACUAUGACGAGGAGACAGAAUCAACUACAGAUGAAGUCAGUGUCCCUCACCAUGUACCACUCGAUAAUGGAAAGGAAGGUGAACAAGAAACCGCUCAACAUUCUAAUGAAACUCACUCUUCAUCUCCCGAAACUGUAGACAAAAAGGAAACUUUGGAUUCUUCUCCACUGUCACCUGAAGAAGAAUCUGAUAAAGACUAUGAAGAAGGUGGGGAGGAAAUUGAAGAAAAAGCUAAUGAAGUGGAAAAUACUGAUGACGUGAAGGCCGUUCACGCUAAAGUAGCCACUGAGGAAUCGACUGAAACAACGCCUGCGCCAGUAGAUACAGUACACACAAAUAUGACGUCAGAGGCUGUCGUACCAGCUCAUGACGUGGAACCAAACCUCGACAAUGAAGAAGAUGAGUCAGACAUAAAAGUUAUAGGUGAAGCUGAAGGUUCUGGAGAGGGUGAUAGUGAUGACAGUUUGCCACUGGGCCCAAUUACUGAUUUUAUAGAUACCAAUGGACAUGACGGGGCAACUACGACAGAAGAGCCGGAUGAAAGAACGUUACUGAUAGAUGAAGAAGACGAAGAAGAAACAGACGAAGGUGAUUCGCCUCUAGUCCCUCCCGGUGCUGAUGACGAGAACAUGAUUGCAUCUACCGAAGACAGUACUGUAACUGAAUCCGACAGUAAAUUUGGCGUUCUGGUGAAUGAUACAGAGAGAGGAAGUAGCGUUAGUCCACAGGACGAUGGCGAAGAAGAGGGCUCUGGUAUGCUGUUCCCCUUCGGAGGAGUCGACUGGGAUGUAGAGAAGACCAAUGAAACUGAUGAAGCUGAAGUUACCUCGCUAGGACCAACAGAAAUACACGAAGAUGGACUGAUAGUUAACCGAAUUAUUCCACUAGAAUCUGGGAGACAGAUGUCGUCCUCCACAGAGUCUCCACUGACUACGACCACCACCGAGAAGCCAGUAGGCCACGGCGGGAUCUUACGUUUAGACCUGCCUAAGGAAGAAGAUGUGACAACAUCAGAGGCUCCUAUACACACAGUACCGCCUUUCAAUGUUGAAGCUGAAGGAGUGUCUUCUUCAACAGCACCCCAAGGUGAGGUAGAGGAGCGCAUAGCUACAGCCCCUCCGGUACCUGCCGUCGAAGCAGUGCCAUCGGAAGAACCUACUCUCCCUCCAGAAGAACCUGAUGUACCUCUGGAAGAACCUGCUCUACCUGCAGCAGAGACGUCACCUCCCCCGCCACAAGUGCUCACAUCCGAAGUUCCAGUGGAGCCGGGUGCCCCGGAGUGGGCUGACAAGGAACCAACGCCUGGUCCGGAACCAGACGACAUUGAUCAGGAUGAGAUAUCAGAGGUAGAAACGGUGAUGCCUACAGACGACACAUCGUCCAAUGACACGGCCCGCGUCAUCGUUGCCGGCAGUGAGAAGCCACCAGAAGAGACUCCGCUCAACUCGGCGGGGUCGUACGUUGUUCUGGGUAUCAUCAUGGCGCUGGUCGUUUUCCUCCUUGGCUACGCCGUCAUGCGCAGCCGGCGAGGUCGGCAGCGGGCGGCCGCCAAAGCCAACGGGAAGGACGCGGAGGCGGCGGGUGGUCAGCAAGAGGGUCGUGAGCUCAAGGAAAUCAGCAAGCCGCUGCUGGGCACCCCGGCAGCAGUGCCUGCGGCCAACGGGAAGGGGGAGCACCUGCAGCCGCUCGUCACCAAGCCGACCGAUAAUCCCGACCUCAAAGACGAUGACGGAGAUGAGACAGUUGCUGAGAAACCACUCCUGGAACCGAAAACUCACAUCUAUGAGACACUGAACGGAGGUGAGAAGGAGCGCAUACCAGUGCAUCCUCCUUCACCUAAGAAGAGUCCCGCAGCAGCCUCUGACACAGUUCCAGCAGAUGAUGACGCCAAAGACCACAUUCCACCAGUGCCUGAGAAGCGGCGGGUGCUCUCCAGGCUUCCAGAGACAGCAGUGGACGGCCCACCUAACAUGUACUCCGCCGAUGGGCUGCCUGGUGAGGUUGUGGCACAGCCACAACAGCAGCAACCAACUGCCAAUGGCGCUGCCACAUCACCUGUCAAUGGGCUAUCCUCAUUUGCUCCACCUGUGUCGCCCAGUUCUGGCCGCGUCAAAGUGGUGGCACGUGAGGACCCCGACUCGGUGCCCAAGAAGCCGGUGUUUGUGGUGAAUCAAGGCCCUAGUACAGCCAGCGGUGUCGUAUAGCAGCCUCGAUCUUCCAGAUGACCACCUUCUGGUGGCCGGACUGCCUCCGCAUCGAGACACCGUCGACAUCAUCUUGUGCCACCUUCUGUCUCAUAGCACCAACAGGAGCUGCUGAUGGAUGCUACGACAGGACUUGUGUGAUCCCUUUGUGUUGGGAUUGCAACGUCUCACGGAUGAUUUCCCCUGCCACCUAACUUGCUGCCUCAGUGAAUGAGGGACAUCAUGUGACUAAAAUUUCUGUGAGUAUUCCAGUUCAGUGGUUCAGAGUAGACAUCUGUGCAGAGUCUCGUGUGUUACCGGAACUAGGGUUCUCAUUGUUUCUCAUUCUUCUUCCCAAGAACUUUUCUUGAUUUCAGUUGUUUUCUACUCUGUAAAUUGAAUUAGGGCUAAAAUUAUUAUUUGACCCCAAAAGAUUCAAGACAGUAAUUCUUCACCAUAUCAAAAACUGCUGCAGGAAAUUAAUUUCAUUUCUGCAUCAUAUGUAUUGUUAUAUUCCUCUUUUGCAGUAAACUUGUUUAUAACAGAAAGUUGCCCUGCAUCAGUUAAUUAAUUAUUGAUGUUCUCAGUAUUUUUAGUUUUUGACAUAUGACUUGAAUGUUUGGUUUAUGAAUACUAUUACUGCUGCUGGAUCACUCACCUGUAUGGUACAUAUGUUUGGCUGACAAGACACAAAAAUCUGUACGUUAGACAAUGAAGUCUUUUGAUAGCCAUCCUUUCUCUAUUUAUAUUCGUACAGGUCUCCUAUAAAGUACUCUCAACUAUAUAGUUGAGAAACUGCCUAGUGAAUAUAACAAAAUGAGAAAAAAAUGGGGCCUAUUUUUCUAUAAAAAUUAUGAAAAGAACUUUGGACCAAUUGUAUUCUAAAUUGUACGUAGGUACUGUAGUGUUCAUAAUGAAUGCUAGAACGAUAAGUUUCAGACUGAUGAUAAUAAUUACCAGACAUUGAAAAAGUGCAUAAUUUAUUUAUUGUUUUAUAAAGAAGGGAAAUGAAGCUGGUCACUUAAACAGUGAGACAUGAUUGACUGAAAGAUUGCUACAACAGAACAUUUUCAUAAUAACAGAAUGACUAGACCAUUUGUGAUCCAAGUCAUCGGCAUUUAUUGAAAUAUCACAAAGUAAGACUUAUUUGCUGAUUAAUCUUCCGGCAAAGAUACACAUGCUGCGAUAUAUCAUGUGACACAACAAAGAAAUGAUAAAUGUUUAUUCAAAAUCUGUGUAUAUAGCAUUAAGAUGUGAUAAAUAUGUUUCAGAAUGCAGUGUUUUCUGGACACUUGACCAACAAAAGAGUGCCAAUAUGUUAACACGGCAUUAAACAGUGAAACUGUUUUCUAUUAAUGCCCUGUACUGCUAUAAUAUGUGCAUUAGCAAUGUUUUUAUUUUCUAUUCAGGUACAAUACUGACAUGUGGAUGGAAAAAUCUGGAGAAAUCAGUUUUUUUUCUGUUCAUUCCAUGUUAAAAGUGAAAUUAAGUCCCAGUGUUACAAAUUAAAUUUACCUUCAGUUGAGACGAUAAGAAGUGUCUUAUAAAUUUUGUUUUGUAAAAAUUCAGCACAAAACACUUAGUUAAAGGUAAUGUUCCUCUUAUUGACUGUUAGUUUUAUAAAAAACUAUUCAACUGAAGACUUUCAUUGUAAUUAGUCUUAUGAUGAGGCAUUACAAUUGCUUUUCUAAAUAUUUUUUGCUGAAGUCGUGUGAACUGGUAAAAACAUGAAAACAGAGUGAAUGUGCAACAUAAGAGAGAAUGUUCUGGUCUUGUGCUGUGGACAGCUGUUGCCCAGUGAGACUGCUUAUGUAGUUCCAUAGAAUAUUCUGGGUCUGUGAAUAGCUUGUAAAUUAAAGAGGUAUAUGUAUAUGUAUUUUCCAUUGUGAUUUGUUUAUACAGAAAAGUAAUUUUAAAUAAAAUAUAUGUUUCUAAUUUAUAA